AUGUCAGCCAACAGAAUUUAUUUUUUGGUGCCACCACAGAGACGAACACAAUGUUUGUUUUCCAUUCAGAAGAGAGCUUCCUAUACGUAUGUGACACCAAAAGAUUCAAUCGACAUCGAAGCUAAUAUUUAUGACAUUAUCUCUUUAACUUGUAUACAGUCAAGUUUUCAAAAGGUUACACAUAAGAGUCUGUCAAUAAGGGGUGCCUUCAUAAUUUUGGACAUCACACUACUAACGGUCAUCCAGCAAUCACAGUCCACUACAGUCAGAGUUAAUUUAUGUAAAAAAUACAAGCAAAGAAGAGAUGUUUUUCUCCCGCCCUUGAAAACUAAACCAAACAAGUUACUAGCAGCCAGCUUGGAGUCUUUCAAAGAUGUAGAAUCAGUUAUAGACAAGCACAGAAAAUUAUACGAAAAGGCCGUUGGAUCUCAUCAGCUGAUAAUAAAGAAUAUGGGUUUAAAAGAUUUUUAUCCAACUACAAAAGACACAAAAUUAUUUAAAUUACCGAGAAAAAGAAAGGUCCGCGUCUUAUUUGAAAUCCAGUGGAUGUUGACAUCAAUGCUUUACCAUUUAGAGGUUGCUGAUGUUUUGGAGAAAGAUUUCAGUUUCCGUAAGGUAGAAAUGAUGGUAAAAGUGCUAGGAGAUACCUGGAAACUAUUGAUGAAUAGUUAUAAUACAGAUUAUAGUUAUUUUAUUAAUUUAUUUCCAAUACAUUUAUAG